GCUGCUCAUCGCAGAUUUUCAGUCGCAUUUCGCGGGUCGCCAUGUUCGGAUCGGAAGUGGAUUGAUUCUUGGCCCUUGGUCAGUUUGUCGUGCAAAGUUGUUCAUAGGUCGGUGAUAAGGCGCGCUUCGGUACUUCGGUCCGGACGAUCGGUCAGUCAGUGGUGAAAUUUUGAACCGGUGCCAAAAGUGAUCGUCAUUCGGCGGCGGUGGCGUGAUCAUCUAUAUCUGCUGGGUCGCAGACUCGGGGGAUCCGAAAAUAAAAAGGGGUCAAGCAACCCCACACCCCGUUCAAAGCGAAGGUUUCCGGUGCAAGUGUGUGGCGUCGAAUUUCCCUUUCGGUUUCGCGCAUGAAUGAUUUGGGUACGACACGAAGGGUACCCCCAAUUGCAUUGACGAGAGAAGACCUCGGCUGGUGUGUGAAGAAAAUUGGCUGUGGUGAACAGCGAAGUGAGUGUGGUGAAUUCAGAAAAGCUCUCUUGCGUUGAUCGACGUCGUCGUCGUCGGGAAAAUCUUCCGCUGAAGAAGGGUAUGAUUGUACCGAAGAAAAAAGCCGACGCUUGAUAUCUCUGGAUUGUGUGUGAACAGGUGUUUUCAUUGAUUCUACACGAGAAGACGCCGAGUACAAAGUUUCAAAAUGAUCGGCAUCGUGGAGGUGUUACUAUUCCUCUGCGUAGUUGGAUACUUCUUCAACAAGAGCAGAGGCACAGACAUGGUGGACAUAAUAUCCAACCGUGUGCAGGAGGCAUACGGCUCGUUCCGGCUGCCGGGCAUGUUCGGCACGACCCAAGCGGUGGAGGCCGGAGGUUUCUCCACCUAUACCAUGCUCAAACGCUUCGGCGAGCAGAAGAAGCGCAAACGGCAGAUCGACAAAGAAAACGAUCGCAAGCUGCGAGAAGACAGUUUGUACCAUAUGAAGAACUCGCCCACGCCACACAUCUCGCUGGACAGCAAAGCGAUGCCCGGUAUGGCGUGCCGAUUCUGUUCGCCGGCAGAAAGUCAACCUCAGCUGGAUCAGGUGGACCGCCGGAGGACUGCCAUCGACAUUCUGCGGGUCACAUCGCACGCUGGACGGCGAACGAACAGUUCCCCUACGGAUUGGGGCGUCUGGUGUCCCCAUUUGGCGCAGGCCGCCCGGGUGAAGAAGUAUGACUAUCCACAGGUGGCCGGCGCAGUGCUGGGCGAGGAACGGGUUCAACAGGCGCUGGAAACGGCCGCCAAGGAGUCGGUCAACGAGAAGCGACAGGAACUGUUGGAUGCCGGCCAGAGCGACGAUACGUUCGAUGAGGAUGCGUACUACAACGAGACGAUGCGGAAGCACGAAAAGAGAGCGCACAGGGUCCUAAUCGGUAUGCGCUCCAAACUGUCCGACAUGGUGCUGCGCAUCACGUCCUGGGUGCUGUACAAACUGCUUCCGUGCUUCCUGUCCGGAGUGGCGGCCCAUCCCGGUCAGGUGGACAUGAUCAAGCGUGCGAUCGCCAAAAACCCGGACGCUCCGUUGAUCUUCCUGCCACUGCAUCGAUCCCAUCUGGACUACAUCAUGGUUAGCUUCAUCCUACUGAAUCACGACAUCCGUUCGCUGGUGGCUGGCGGCGACAACCUGCGGAUUCCCGUUUUCGGAAACAUUCUCCGAUACGAUGGGGCGUUCUUCAUCAAGCGAAAGAUCGAUCCCCUGACCGGGAAAAAGGAUCACGUCUACCGCUCCAUUUUGCACACGUACGUGCAAAAGGUGUUAACUGCGGGCCACAACGUGGAGUUCUUCAUCGAAGGCGGUCGAACCAGAACCGGAAAACCCUGUAUGCCAAAGAGUGGAAUCCUAUCGGUCAUAGUGGACGCGUUCAAUGACAAGAGCAUCUCGGACGCACUGCUCGUUCCCGUGUCGAUCAACUACGAGAAGCUGGUCGAUGGAAACUUUGUGCGCGAACAGCUCGGCCAGAAGAAGGUCCCGGAAAGCUUCUCCUCGGCGGCGGCCGCCAUCAUGAAGGUUCUGAAGGCACGCUACGGUCUCAUGCGGAUCGACUUCAACGAACCGUUCUCGCUAAGCGAACUUGUCAAGUCGCUGCGCAAAUCGGAAACGGGUGGCAGCUAUGCUCCCGAGAAUAGACGCCUGCAGCACAAACCAUCCUCGUCGUCCCUGUUUGGGACGGACGUUGUCCAGGAGGAGCAGGAACUCCGUACCUUGGUCGACAACAUUGCCCGACACGUAGUAUACGACUGUGCCAAAGCUACCUCGGUUAUGACCACCAACGCAUUGGCCUUCCUCCUGCUGAAUCGGUUCCGUGACGGCGCACCCCUGGCGAUCCUCACCGAAGCACUCGAAGAACUACGUAGCUACCUGAACACAACCUCACGCGACAUUGGCUUCACCGGUGCGUCUGAAGACAUCGUGAAAUACGCAGCCGAUUUGUUAGGUCCCGGUUUGGUCACAAAGGAGAAGCGAGCGGGUCAAAUGUUCUUCAAACCGGUCACCAUGAUUCCCAACGUGAUCGAACUGGCAUACUAUUCCAACAGUUUGGUACCCCACUUUGCCCUAGACUCGAUUGUGAUCACCGUUGCCAGUUUUCUGAAAAGGCAAGCGGAACAGAGGCUGCGCGAGCAGCAAUCCAUCGAAGAUGUCAGUAUUGGUCGGCAGGAGUUGUUCAGCACCUGUCUAGAGUUCUGUGAUCUGCUCAUGUACGAGUUCAUCCUAUCGAAACCUUGCCAAAGCUUGGAGACGUUGCUGCAGGACUGCUACCACAGGUUGUGCAUAAUGGAACUGCUUUUGCAACCGGAGGUUGAGUACACUGAGGAAACAGCAUCGCGCUCGCCGUCUGGCGGCCAACUUGAGCUGGAUGAACUGAACGAUGGCAGCUACAGCGAGGAUGAUUACUUCGACGAACAAAUCGAUCAGGAAGAGGAAGAACGGGUGUUCCUACCAGCCGAGAAGCACUGCGAUCGGAUAGUGCUCCAAUCGGUGCUGGCUCCGUCCAACACGUACGCAGCCGUUGCCAGCAGUCUGAAUCAGCUACUCGGCGGCAACUCGAUGGUCGAGGGCGAAUUCAUCAAGCAGUGCAUCAAGGAGAAUUACUUCCCGGGUUGUGAAUCGGGCCAGUGCAAGUAUG